AUGGCAACUAUGUGGACACGUCAAGCUUGUGACUGGCCAUCAUCGGACGAAUCGUGAGUUAGGCGCAUUUUCAGUAAUUGGCGAUUGGAGAUCUCCAAAUAAUACUCUGAUUAUUGGUUACCGUGUUUAUAUUGCUUUCGGAACUUAGAGUAAUUUACCAAAACAUAGUUUAAGUAUUAAUUUUGAGUGAUAAUUGAAUAAAAACAUCGGUGCGUUUGUCUCGUGAAGUUGGUUGAAAAAACUACAAAAUGUCCAUGUGCUUCUUUGUGCCUGCCGAACAAACAACGACGGUUACCACGUCCGAAGAAGUGGACGCUGAUGUUGCCGGUGAGGAGUCCUCCGCUGAGGCGGCGCAGCAAACCCUCCAGCAGUUCUGGGACAAAGUCUUAGAGGACAUACAGAAAGUUAAUUCCGAAGACUUCAAGACCCAAGCUUUGCCGUUGGCUCGCAUCAAGAAGAUCAUGAAACUAGACGAGGAGGUGAAGAUGAUAUCAGCAGAGGCACCGGUCUUAUUCGCGAAGGCUGCUGAGAUUUUUAUACACGAGCUAACGUUGCGAGCCUGGUCGCAUACGGAGGAAAAUAAAAGGCGGACUCUGCAGCGCAACGACAUAGCGACAGCUAUAUUGAAAUCGGAUCAGUUCGAUUUCCUGAUCGACAUAGUGCCGCGGCAUGAAGUCAAGCCGACGAAACCGCGUUACGACGCCGCCAGGAAAGCCCCCAGCACGGAUCAGUACUACCUCCAGUUGGCGCAGCAGCAUCAGGCGGCCCUACAGAACAGUUCGCAGCCUCAAAUCGUGAUACAGCCCUGCGCUCAAGUGGUACAGGCGGCGAGCACGGCGGCGGCGGCGGCGCCCGCUAGCAGCGUGGGGGUCACGCAGCAGCCGCUGGCGCUCGUGCAGCAGGUCGUGACCCCGGCCGGCGAGCUGCAGCAGCUACCGAUCCAAUUGACGCAAGCGCAGCUAAACAUGAUCAGACUCCAGGUCCAGAACAACCCAAACCAGCCCAUCAUCAUACAGGCGCAACCACAACAAUCACCGCAGAUCAUACAGGUCCAGGCGCAGACGCAGCAACAGCCCCAGCAGCAAGUGUUCCUAGCGCAAGUCGCCACGACACAGGAGGACUCUUAAUCUAUUCACGUGUAACGGCCUGUGCACACCACGUUUUUUAAACGCGCCGUCGAGACGCGCGUUUGUAGCGAUACAGACGCGAUACGCACGCAAGUCAGACGCCGCCUGUAGACCUUUGCACACCUGUAUAAAUUCAAAUACGCGUUUGAAUCGAUACAGACGCGAUGAAAACGCGCGCGUCGACGGUGCGUUUAAAAAACGUGUUGUGCACAGGCCCUAAUAGUUUUAAAUUAUUUCAAAACUAUAAAACGUACAUUACAGUAGAAUUUACUCAAGAUAUUGAAGUUGUUUUAAAGAUAUCGAUGGUUGAAAUUGAGUGCAAACGAUUUUAUACAUUACAGAUAUAAUAUUAAACAAUAAAUUUGAAUUACAAUUGUAGUACCCAAGUCCAAGUCAAUAGUUGAAGAUCGCUUUUACUCGAUAGAUACUAAGUGCAUUCCAUCGCAGGACGCCUCCACACACUCCAAAAAACUGUCCUCCCUUCCCAUAACAUAAAUCCUUGGUAGAUAUCUCACGACAAAUCUGAAAUAGCUACAUUACCAGACAAUUGAUGUUGAAAACAAUUCUAAUUUGAAACUCUUACUAAACACACUACUUUUAUACAUUUGGCUCUGAUGUGAUAAAUUGUUAAAUUAAGUCGUAAAAAUUAUGUGUAGUAUAAGUGUAAAUUAUUAAAUAAAUAAAAAAAAAAAAACGAAA